GGAGUAUCGGAUGAGACCGGGGCUUGUAAGGAGGAUAAAUGUGGUGAUGAAGUGUCAAAUUCGGAGAAGGCAUCCGAAGAUAAGCCGCCACAAGCAAUUGAUUGGUCUAAUGUGCUCGUUGAUGAAGUUGAUUUUUUAGUGGCCCUUAAAGAGGGCCGAAUCUCUGAUGCUGAUUGCCAUGUUGGAUUGUUACGCAGUGGUUCGAAUUUCUUCUUUUAG